CAGAGUGCAGCUAGCAACUUUGUCAGAUGGACGCGCAGAAUGGAGACUAGCUGACGCACCGUUAUUCUCUGGACCAUAACUUUCCUCCUCCAUUACUGUCUACGUACGACGAUAAAGCGAGGAAUUGAGUUGUGGAACUUUUUGAUCCAGUGACUAAAAACGUUGUAUUUUUUCAAUACUUUUGGACGCUGUUACUGCGUAAUUACGCACGAUGCGCAAAGGGAUGGCUCCUCGUCGAAGACAAAAAACAGGAGUACAAGCGGUUUUAUAUGUGUGCCUUUCAAUUUCAGUUUGUUUCUCUUACAAUAUAGACUUAGACCAUCCUGUGGUGUUCCGUGGACCUAAUUCUAGUUUUUUUGGCUACUCUGUGCUGGAGCAUUAUCAUGACAACACACGCUGGGUCAUAGUGGGGGCACCCAGGGCCAACUCUACCUACAGUAGUUCUGUGCACUCUCCUGGUGCUGUGUUCAAGUGUCGGGUUCACAGCAACCCUGAGCGUCGCUGCACAGAGAUGGAUAUGGGACGAGGAAACAAGCCCAGAGAGUCCUGUGGGAAGACGUGCCAAGGGGACAGAGACGACGAGUGGAUGGGAGUAAGCCUGGCCCGCCAGAACAGAGCCGACGGCAGAAUACUGGCUUGUGCUCAUCGCUGGAAAAACGUCUACUACGACUCAGAGCAUAUUCUCCCACAUGGGUACUGCUCCAUCAUCCAGCCAAAUCUCCAGGGCAGGACGCGGCCCCUCAUUCCUUGUUAUGAAGAUUAUAAGCAGAAGUAUGGGGAAGAGCACGGCUCCUGCCAAGCUGGGAUUGCGGGAGUUUUUAUGGAGGAGCUGGUGGUGAUGGGGGCUCCGGGGUCCUACUACUGGACAGGGACAAUUAAGGUUUACAACCUGACAUCUGACACCUUCUACAAUCCAAACAAAGAUGACGUGAACUCCCACAGAUACAGCUACCUUGGCUAUGCUGUGACUGCAGGACAUUUCUCCUCUCCCAAUGUGAUUGACAUAGCCGCAGGGGCCCCUCAGCACAAUGGCAGCGGGAAGGUUUACAUUUUCAAAAUCGAUGGUGUGUCUUUGGUGAGGAGUUUUCAAGUCUCAGGGAAAAUGAUGGGCUCUUACUUUGGCUCCUCAUUGUGUGCAGUUGAUUUGAACCAGGACGGCCUGUCAGACCUGCUGGUGGGGGCACCCAUGCACAGCCAGCUACGGGAUGAGGGCCGGGUGUCUGUGUACCUCAGCAAAGGCAAUGGCGUGAUGGAGGAGCAGGCCGUGUUAACAGGGGACAAUGCUUACAAUGCUCACUUUGGAGAGUCCAUCUCCUCAAUUGGAGACAUCGAUGAUGAUGGCUAUCAAGACAUAGCUGUAGGAGCGCCCAAAGAGGAUGACUAUGGAGGAGCUGUUUAUAUCUACCAUGGGGAUGCCACAGGAAUCAUCAGCAAAUACUCUAUGAAAAUAACUGGGCGCGGUGUCAAUCCUGGUCUCCAGAUGUUUGGCCAGUCCAUAUCUGGCAGCGUGGACAUGGACGGCAAUGGAUACACAGAUGUCACAAUUGGAGCUUUCAUGUCGGACAGUGUGGUGCUACUGAGGUCCCGGCCUGUCAUUACGGUGGACAUCUCCAUCUUCUUGCCUGUGUCUAUCAACAUAUCUGUACCUCAGUGCCAUGAGAAUCUCCUGAACAUAAACUGCUUCAACGUCAGGGUCUGCAUGCGCUUCCGUGGGCGACAACUUCCAGGGCAAAUAGAGCUGCUGUACAACCUGACGGCUGACGUGGAUAAGAGACAGAAGAGCCUGCCUUCCCGCGUUUACUUCAUUCAGAGCGGCUCUCAGAUCAGCCAGAAAAGCCAACGGCUCAGUCUGUACAUCAACAAGGAGGAGUGCCAGCUCUACACGGCCUACGUCAAAAAAGAUGCAAAGGAUGUGUUCACAGCCAUCACGUUCGAGGUGGCGUAUAGCUUAGAGAAGCAUGUACUGACCGGACACCAGGAGCGAGACCUGCCCGCCCUCACCCCUGUGCUACGAUGGAGGAAAGGACAAAAGAUUGCAGUGAGAAAUGAGACAUGGUUUGAGAAGAACUGCCUGUCAGACGACUGUGCUGCGGACUUGAGGCUCCAUGGGAAGCUGUUACUCUCUGGGGCGCAUAGCAAGCCCCAUUUGGCCUUGGGAGGAAUAAGGAACGUCUCGUUGAACCUGACCAUCUCUAACGCUGGAGACGACGCCUACGACACCAACAUCUAUCUCAACUUUUCCCAAGAGGUUUUCUAUAUCAACUUCUGGCAGAAGGAAGAGAAGGGUAUUUCCUGUGAGCUCGUCGACUUGGACUUCCUCAAGUGUAGCGUGGGAUUUCCCUUCAUGAGAGCGCAGACUAAGUAUCAUUUUGCCGUCCUUUUUGACACCAGUCAACUUUCUGGGGAAAAUGACACAUUGCAGUUCUUGGUGCACGCAAAGAGCGCCAAUCCUGAGCACAAACUCUCUGAUAACACUUUGGAUGUCUCCAUCCCUCUUGUUCAUGAGACAGACACAACUAUUACUGGUGUGGUAACACCUAGCUCCUUUGUGUAUGGAAACUCCAUCGACUCCUCGCGCUUCAUCCAGAUAGAAGACAUGGAGUGCGACUUUCAGCCACUUAAUCUCACUUUCCAGGUGAUAAACAGCGGGCCCAGCCGGCUGCCAGGCUCCACUGUGGACAUCAGGAUUCCAAACCGACUUGCUGGCAAUGGAGCCGACAUGUUCCACAUUGCUGAGACGCAGGUGGCGGACGGCCGAGGAAACUGCACCCCACACAGGAACCCAACACCGUGCACCAUCCCCCAGGACCGAGAGAGCAUCUUCCACUCCAUAUUUGCCUUCUUCACCAAAUCAGGCCGCAAAGUCUUGGACUGUGACAGGCCGGGGAGAGCGUGCAUUACCAUCUCUUGCAGCCUGGGUCCACAGCUAAAAGAAGAAGCUUUGAGUAUAGACACCAAACUUCUCCUCAAUACGGAAAUUCUGAAAAGGGACACCUCCUCCGUGAUUCAGUUUGUGGCCCGGGGCCAUGUACAAGUGAAUGACAGGACUGUGGAGGUCCCGAAAGGCCUUCCAGAAGACAUCUCUCUGAUCUUUGAGGCCCUCCACAGUCAGGAGCCCAGAGGUUACGUGGUGGGCUGGAUCAUCGCCAUCAGCCUUCUGGUGGGGAUCCUCAUCUUUUUGCUGCUAGCCGUGCUGCUCUGGAAGAUGGGUUUCUUCCGUCGGCGGUACCGUGAGAUCAUCGAGGCUGAGCGGAACAGGAAGGACAGUGAUGAAAGCUGGGACUGGAUGGAAAAGAACCACUAAGAAUGGUAAUGGUGAUGGUGGGGGUCCCUGUGGAGCCAGUGACAUUUAGGGACUAGGUCAAGGGUGGAUCCAAUGGCUCAUGGCUCCUUUGCAGCCCCGGUGGCACCAGGCCCGUCAAGCCUUCCAUAUGUGGAAGAAGAAGAAUAUUCUCCAUAUUUUCUGGAGAUUUGAUGUUUUUGUGGGAUGCGGGAGUCCAGGAACUUGUGAGGUGGCCUGCCAGAGGACGUAGAAAUCCGCUAACCUCCAGCUGGCAGCGUGGAGCUCUCGCCUGAAGAAUGGGGACACUGGUGGAUGACAAAAACCUCAGGGCUCUUUAUUUUUUUUAUACACUUUAAGCCAUAUUGUUCAAAAGUGGGCUAUGGAGGGGGAUUAAAACAGACUAUGUCCAUAGUAUGUUUUCCUAAAAGCACUGAUGUCUGAUACGCCUCAAUGCCUCAUAGAUAUAUCCUGCACAAAUCACAAGGUUCACUUCCUCCUUGGUGGGAAGUGACAGCAACUUCUCUGUUUUAGAAGAUCCUCCCUCUCUUUGACCAUCACUGAACACUAAAACUCACUUUCCUUUCUGCAGACUUGUCCCACAAGUGCACUUUAUGUGCUGGUGGAGCGUAUUACAACAUUAACAACUUUAUUGGUCCAAUUCUAAGUGUUAAGAACCAAGGAGGAAUAACUUUUAAAGUGCAAUGUUAGUGCAAAUUAUCCGCAAAACUGUUGCUCAGGUAUGCGGCCAAAAAUGAGUACAUAACCUUACAUAAACAUGAAGUACACCUGCACAUUCUAAUGAGAGCUGUACGAGAGACCCUCCCAUACGAGUUCAUGUAAAGACAGUUCAUCCGUUCCAGGGUCAAGCUGUCACCUCCAUAAAACUUUUAUUAUCAAUGUUAACUUGUAACAACCAGUAUGAAGAGAAGUUACUGGAUAAUAAAACAAAAACCAAGUAAAACUACUCAUUCUUUGAAGAUGACUGACCGACGAGGCAUUUUAUGUGGAACUGCUUGGUAAAAUAAAUGUUUUGACCCGUUCCUAUAUGGCAACCAGUUCUGGUUCUAUAGGUGUCAUCGCAGUCAUUUGUCGUGACAUCGCAAAACGUACUUCCAAAUGCCAAAGAAAAAGCAAAACACAUUUGUGGAGUAACAUUUUCCGUUGCUCGCAAUGUUUUGUUUGAUUGUGAGGCAUAUUGUUUUCCCCCAAAAAACCCUAGUUAAACUCCCAUUUGUACCACUUUUGGGAUGUUCAGGUUGCACUGAACAAAUUACCUUAUUUUUAGAAGGAAAAAAGCCCACCUUUUUGACUGACAGCGUCAUGCAUCAUACUGAGAGAUGUUUUAUAAUUUGGUUACAUUCAAGCUAUAUUAGGGCCCAAAUAUUAGAAACGCCUCUCAGUACGACACAAGCGCGAUACAACUGGAACUUAGAUCGUGCAGGUGUCCCUAAUGUUGUGUCAUGCCGGAUGUAAAUUCUCAAUGAAAUGUUUCACUGAGAUUCUAAUUUAUGUGUGAGCUGAGACUGGAUGGGGGGCAGCUGAGCGUAUUCAGUUUUACUAUGAUGUUAUUAGAUGUUCAGUAUGAAACCUGACCUCCGCCAGAUGUGUGUGUGUGCAUGUAAGCGUGUGGAUUCCUUCACAGCGGGGUGGGGGGGGGAUCUGUCGUGUGAGUAAUGCCCUAAAAAUAGGCAAACGGUCCACAUUAACGUGCUUUUUGGGGGGCUCGUUUUCAAUGCAACGUGAGCAAACCUUACCAAGCUGAAAGCGAUCUGCCUCCAUUGAAAGUGUUAAACGCACCUCCAACGUGUUGGGAGCGGUGGGCAAUUGACUUCAUGUUGAAUACAGAGACAAGAAAUGUAUAUAAACUACCCCUCAAAAUGUAACUAGAUUAAGUAUUCUAUACAUUUGAAAAGCUUUGAUGCAAAAUGACAUAUUUUAUUGUAAUCCUAUAUUCAUCUAAUUCCCUCACCCUUAAAAAAUAUACAGUGUGUUUGCAUCAAAUGAUGUAGGGAACUGAAAUGUGCAAUGCCAAAGAGCUAUUUCUCACAGACUGCAGUGACGGGGCUCACUUUGAUUGUUAAACUUCCUAUUGUUUUGUAUUGUUGCCAUCCACUUUAUUGUGUCACCUAUGGAUUCCACUGGCAUGACAGCAUAUACUGUAUACCUUCACAGUCGAUCAUGCAAUGCAGAGACGAGAGACACUUGAUAUUGUAUGGUAUUGAACUGUGUUGGAUAUAUUUUUGUUUGUUUGCUGUUUGCUGUCAUCGUUAAGUCACACUCUUUGGGGGGUUUUGUUCUGAAUAUACUACUGUCACUGAAUAUCAUUUACAUUAUAGAGUGUUUGGAUUUUUUUUUUUUAAAUGGGGUAAAAUUGUAUAUUUAUCUAAUGAUAAAUUUUAGAGUGAAACCCAUGGUGGUGCAUGUUGUUGUGGUGGUGUUUGGCGCCCUCUGCUGAUUACUGUGUUAUGCGUACUGUACUGUGUACGCACCACUUAUACAGUACAGUAUAUAGCAGAACCAUCCCUUUUUAUGUCAAAGGCUCAUUAUUUUAACAUCACUUCUCUUAUACAAAAUGACACAAUCAAAAUACUGUAGUCACUAAGAAAAUUCAACAAUAAUCGAACUUUAUGCUCUUAAUACAUUUUUUUGAUGAACAGAACAUUUUCUGGUGUUGAUAGGGAUGCUCCGAUCAGGUUAUUAUGCUGCCGAUUCCGAUACCGAUCUCAUGGAUUAGUCCCCAAAAAUAGGUAAUUACUAAUAAAAUUGGUAAUUAAUUACCAUCCAUCCAUCCAUUUUCUAUGCCGCUUAUCCUCACUAAGGUCACGGGUAUGCUGGAGCCUAUCCCAGCUGACUUGGUGAGAGGCGGGACACACCCUGGACUGGUCGCCAGUCAACCGCAGGGCACAUAUAGACAAACAACCAUUCACAUUCUAGUAAUUACAAUUAUUAUUUUUGUUUUUCAUGAGGCUCAGAAUCCCUGGCUGCACCCCUGCUAUUGGCUAUAUGAUGUGAAAAAAGGAACCAUAAAGUCAUCCUAAUGUAGACAAGAAUAUAUUUGACUUACUUUUUCAAAAUAGACUAAUAGAAAAAUGUAUUCAUCAAUUAAACAAAAAGGUACACCCACUGGCCGCCUCAAUUAAAUUUGGUUUGGUUUGGUUUGGUUUAGUUUAUUUGAACAUGAAGGUUACAAUGGAAUACAUCUCGUGAAUCAUUUUUUGACAGUUCCACAUGUCCAAAAGGAGUAGGAAGAAGCAAAGCUUAUUUAAUCCUACCCCCCAUCCAUUCUACAUCUAGUACAGUACAUGUAGUUCACUUCCUGGAUUCCAUGUCAUGUUUUCAGUGAUAGUCAGGAUAACACAUAAUAGAUAACGGUGAGAUAACCGUCCCCCCAAAAAAAGAGAGAACAUUCAUAAUAAUGAUAAUAUGAUGACAAUACUAAAUAAAUAAAUAAAUA